AUUCAUCUGAAGUUUGAGAAACACUAAGUUGCAGGAGCUCUUCCUAGGACAGCUGGGCAUGGAGCAGCACAGGGAGCAAACCCAUCACUUCAAGCAGAUCUGUAAGAAAGGACUGAGGGAUGGAAACUGGGCCAGGGAAUGUGUCCUCCUGUGUAAUGCACUGGAUGGACCUACCACUGUGGAGCACAGAGCAGAGCAAGAUUGAAGUGUACCUGGAACAAGUUUAUUUGCAGUCAUCAGUAUGAUGCAAACAGGAGAGAAACAAAUGGCUGAAUCCCAAAAAAAGCCAGGGAGUGGAAGUGAAGGUUCAAACUGCUUGUGUUUAAGAUUGAACCAGAAGCCAGUGAGAGCUUUACAGACCAUCCUUCAAUGCAAACCAUUUAGGAACUGCUGGAGUCCCAAGAAUCCCAGCUGUGCAGAGCUGUUUGAACCCUGGGACUGAAAGCUAAUCAGCAAAGAGGAGAACCAGGUGUGCUGCAUUUCCCUCGGGAGGGCAGCAGGUGACCUCGCGCGGCUUUGCAGCGACAUCUCGUGGCCCGACUCACCUGGAGCCGUGUCAGGGAUUCCUCUUCCAGGGUGGAGAAAGUCUCGUGUGGAAUGAGUCGAAUAUUUCAUACAGUGAGGAGGUAGGAUGCCAUUUGAAAACCAGGUCAUUAAGUGUGUUUAAUUAGAAAAGAGAGGCCAGGGACAGCAGGCUGACUUUGGGAUACAGUGCAAAGGAACGGAGGCACUGGGGAAGAGCCCACACACGGCUUGUGCAGAGCUGCUGCUGUCAAACUGAUGAAGGCAGAAACUUGUGAGAGAAAACUACGUGGAAAGUUCCUCUUAAGGAGAGGAGUGGGGUUUUGUUUGCAUGUCAUGGCUCACCUCUCCUGCAAGCCCUGAAAGUGCUGUGAAACGUGAAAGGGAUCCUCAGGAGAACCAAUGGAGAAGACAGAUGACAUGCUGAACUGCCAGGACAAGCAGGAAGAGGACACCCCAAAGAGUUCCCCGUUUGACUUUGUUAUAAAACAGUUCCAAGGAAAGAGCUGUGCUCCUGAAAAAAGGAAAGAGCAGCCUUCAGCCAUCAAAAAAUUCUUCAAGGGCUUUGACUUUGGGAAAUCUGAAGGCAAGGACAAAAGGGAAAUUGAAGAAAAAGAAAUAAACAACUCUGGAGCUGAUGAUCAGAGUGAGAAGGAAGAUCUCUCUGUAGAAGAUGGACACUCACAUUUCAUCUCUGGUGAGCAGAGAUUUAACCAGUUCAUGCAGAAACUGGGAAAGAAACCCAACAGCAAGAAUCUUGAUCUAAAUAAUUGCACAUUAAGUGAAGAAGAUGUAACAGAACUGGCUUCUUUACUGCCAUUUCUCCCAGAGCUGGAAGAGAUCAGCCUGUCCUGGAAUGGUUGUGUUGGUGGGACUUUGAAAGCUCUCACUGUCCAUCUUCAUCAUGUGAACCUGUUAAAAGUCCUUCGACUUAACAACUGCAGGCUGACAGCUGAGGAUGUCAUCUCCUUAGGAGAGGCAUUUGAAAUUGUUUCUCAGCUUGAAGAACUGGAUUUGUCAUGGAACAGUAACAUAGGUGGAAGACUAUCGCUGCUGACAAAAAAAUUCCAGAAAGGAUGCAAGUUAAAAUGUCUGAAAAUUACAGACUGUAACCUGACGGCAAAGGAUGGGGAAUCCCUUGCCGAAUUUCUACAUGUGAUCCCAAACCUCGAAGUGUUAGAUCUCUCUAUCAACAAACACAUCGGCUGCAGCAUGAAGGUUAUGGCUCAGGAUCUGAAAAACGUGCCAGGCUUGAAAGAGUUAAACUUGCACAUGUGUGGAUUAAAGCAAGACAGCCUCCAGGGCUUAGACACUGCUUUGCAGCACCUCACAGAGCUGAGGAAAUUAGACAUAUCGUGUAACAGAGAGAUUGGUGGUGGCUUUAAAGACUCAACAGCUCAUUUGGCCAGCUUGAAAAAUCUGGAAGUCCUUGAUCUUCACCAGUGCUGUGUCACAGAAGAGGACAUGACUGUUUUGUCCCAGGUGAUACCUUUACUCUCCAGUCUUCAAGAGCUGAAUUUAUCCUCGAAUAAAAGUGUAGGAGUCUCAUCUGAUCCUCUUCUGGGCCGGCUCAGGUUUUUGCCAAAGCUGAAAUGUGUGGCCAUCAGCAACUGUGGUUUAGGUGAAGAGUCGCUUUCAUCACUAGCUGAGGCUGCCCUUCACCUUCCUGAACUGGAGAUAUUAGACCUUUCUUGGAAUAAGUGCGUUGGUGGGAACCUAAAGCUGCUUUUGGGAGCACUAAAGCUUGCAGUGGAGAUUCAAGUGUUAAGACUGAGCAGCUGUAACUUGGUGGCUGAAGAUUUGGCACUUCUAACAUCACUGGCACAGGAUGGCCACCUCUCCAGGUUGCAGAAGCUGGAUUUGAGUUACAAUGACAGCAUCUCUGAUGAAGGGUGGGCUGUUUUCUGUCGAGGUUUAGCAGUAUCCAAGGAACUCUCGGAGCUGGAUCUCAGCCUCCGCCCGUCGUCCUGCCGAGACUGCGGGAUGUGGUUCAGUGAGUUGUUGGCAGCACUGGCACAGCUCCCAGCCCUGGCAGAGCUGGGCAUGCAGAGAUGGGUCCUUUCAGAACCCCAGAGGAAACAACUGGAAAACUUUAAUCACGACAACAAAAGAAAUAUUCGCUUUGACUGUUGAUGGAGGCGGAAGGUUUCUGGGAGGCCUUUCACGAGCAGCACAUGGACCAAGUAUUAUGUGUCUCUCACUUAGGAGACCACACAGUUUUUAAUAAUCUCUUGAAAUAGUUUCACAGUUAUAGAAAACUGUUAUUUAACCCCCUGCAUCAUAGAUAAUUCCAUUUAAUAACCUAUUCUUUGAGAUUCUCUGGGCCAUGCUUACACCGCUACAGACACUCAAUCUUCACGGUGCACUGGGUACUGCCCAAAGAGCAGUGCUGGACUCAGAUGGACACACUGCAGGUUUGCCAGGGAAGUGGAGGGGAUGUGUGUUAAUGAGGGUGGGUGGGCAGUGUGAAUGUGGCCUCAGAAAAUUCCUCUAAUGUGAAAAUACUUGAAACCUCUGUGUUUUAAAUUUUAGUUUCUUCUCCCCCAAAACUUUUGCCUCUU